AUGUAUGGCUGCGAGAUCUGGACGGAAGAAGACAAAAUGAUUAAAGAUGACGAAACAAUGGCCUGGAAGUUCCUUUCUGCCACUCAGAUUAACACUCUGCUAGAGCAAGAUAUACCAGGAGUUCAAAAGCAGCUGGAAGAAUUUCUGGAUUUGAAGCAACACAAGACGUCUUUGAAGGAAGCUGUUGUGUUGGAUUAUUAUGUGUCAGGAUUUUGUUGGGCUAAAGAGAUGGACUUUGCAGCUGCGCAGAUUGCGGGAUUCAUGACUCUGUUGAAUUUGCUGUUGGAGAACCUUGACACCCAGCGUAUGACACUGGUGGAGAACAUCCAAGAACUUAGAAGAACAAUGGCUGGAGUUGGGCUGUGUCGUUCAGAGAAAAGUGGGGGGUUUGAGUUCUUCACUGUAGACCAAGCGAAGGCUGUAGUUGGCUAUCUGGAAAUCAGCUUAUUCCAGCAUUAUGCCCUAUAUGAGUAUCUUUUCCAUAGUCCCCGGGAAGAGAUUGUGAUAGGAGAUGAGAAUGUUGUAGAGCUCGUCAAGCCUGCAGAUGCCCCUUUCCCUGCUCCCUUGGAAGAAGGUCUGGCUUGCGACAUCUAUUCCGCCUUUAUAGCGUUAAUUCCAGCUGCAGAGGAUGUAGUCGAGGAAACUGAGGGAGGCGUUCAACUGGAAGAACAGCCUGAAGCAGAAACUCCUGUAGAUCCUUUGACGGGUUAUUGCAUUGAUGACAUCAAGUCGGUACUGGGCGAAGUGACCACCGAAAUGAUUAGCCACCUUCAGACUGAGAUAAAUGAAAAGCUGCAAAUGCAGGAAGAGGCCUACUCUGUGAGAAUAGAAAAGUUGAAGAAGACCUGAGAAAACCUGCCACAAGCAGCACAUAGUCGUGUGGAGCCUUCCGCCCGGUUGUUUCGAACACACUUUCAAUCUCUACCAUGUUUUUUGUUUCCGAAGCUCAGCACGAGUGGGCCGGUGCCGCUUCACGGGGCAAACAUUGUUCUGAAAGUCUCUCAUGCAAUACCUGUUUAUUUAGUUUUGCCUUUCUGUAUGUAUAAAUAGUGGGAUGUUCUUUUGGAAACUAAAUA